GCUGAUCGUGUUGAGGGAGCGUCUCCACGCUCAGCAGCAGGAAAACGUCCCGCGUGUGAGCUGUCAGAACCAGACGACGUUCCUCUGGAAGAUUGAUGCUGAAAUGGAGUGUCAGUGUGAAAAUAACGCCGAGGCUCCCCCUGCUGGCUGGUUCAUGGGAGGCAGCAACGUCCAGAUGGGAGCCUUCGCUGUGGUGGGCUACCUUCUGUACAGAUUUUCACAAACUCUCCCAGCGCUGAUCCGUUGGCCAAUCCGUUUCUUCUGCUACAUAACCGGUCUGUCAGCUCUUUGGGGCUGGGUGAACCGCCUGGUUGGAACCUUCCGCGGAAUCAAGAACCUGUUGAAAUGGGUUUCUGGGGUUUGUCGGUUUCUAGUCGGAUCGUCUGAAGAUGGACCACAAAUCCGUGGCACUUCAAGGAAGUCAGAUUUGAGGUUGAUCUUCUUGGGGCCAAACAUUGCGGACCGAUACGUCAUGGCAGACGAUUUGUUAGCAUUAGGUAGCAACAAGACGAGACCAUUCAGUGACGUGACGAAGAAUGGCAUCAAGCAGACCACAGUACUGGAUGGCAGAGAGAUUACAGUAAUCAACACCCCCGAUGUUUUAGGGUCGUCGAUGGGGAACGCCAGCCGCGCCAGGGAGGCCCUAAGGAGCCUCCAGCUCACUACUCCUGGUCCACAUGCCUUUCUGCUGGUAAUCAAGGCUCAAGGCUCCGGCGAGUCGGUUGUCCAGGACCUCACCCGAGCCGUUCGAGGAACCCGUGAGCUGUUUGGAGAGGGAGUCACGGGAUACAUUAUCCCGGUGAUCUCUUAUGUAGACGGCAGACAAAGCUUCACCGUGCCAGAGCUGCUAGAGGGGCUGGAAAAGGCCUGCUCUUUAUGUGGUCAGAGUCCAGAGCUUGUGGACAUCAGCGCAUACAUUCCACCUAAAGGGAAGCAUUCCAGUAGAAGGUCUAAAGACUGUGCUUACAGAGAUCUGGUUGAGCGUGUGCAGGAUGUGAAGGAGAGCAGGGGCCAUUUUGUCCAUGAGGUGUACAAGAGGGAGGACGAGCUGAGGGAGAAGCUGCUGGAUGACAUGUCCUCCGCACUGGCUCAACAACUGGCCCACAGGUAGAUAGGAGAACUGCACAGUGAGAGGUAUAUGUAUAUAUAUAUAUAUA